GCAAAGAACACUUCCGGUGUUUAUGGGCGGAGUAAAGAAUGGCGGAGAACGGAGCGGAGCAGCAGGCCAUGGAGAUUGACCGACGAGUCGAAUCUGAAGAAUCUGGGGAUGAAGAGGGCCGCAAAAAAGGAAACAUUGAUGAGUUGUCUCAGAAUACAAGAUUGAGUGGAACUCAAGGAGAACCAGACACCCCAGUUGAUAUUGACACCAUUAUUUUAGAUCCAGAAGCAGAGGAUGUUGAUCUUAACCACUGCAGAAUUGGGAAAAUAGAAGGAUUUGAGGUACUGAAGAAAGUGAAGGUGCUGUGCCUUCGUCAGAAUCUUAUUAAGACAAUUGAGAACCUCGACCAGCUGAUAAUGCUUCGAGAAUUGGAUCUAUAUGACAAUCAAAUCAAAGAAUUAGAAAAUCUUCAAACAUUGAAGGACCUUGAGGUUUUGGAUCUCUCUUUCAAUAUUGUGAGGAAAAUUGAGGCUCUUGACUCCCUGACCAAGCUGAAGAAGCUCUUCUUCGUGAACAACAAAAUUACAAAAAUAGAAAACAUUGGUCAUCUGGAUCAGUUAGAAAUGUUAGAGCUGGGCUCAAAUCGCAUUCGGGUUAUAGAGAAUAUUGAAAAUCUGAAGAAACUUAACUGUUUAUUUUUGGGUAAAAACAAGAUCACCAAAUUACAGAACUUGGAUGGGCUAACGAAUCUCACUGUCCUCAGUAUACAGAGCAAUCGGUUGACAAAGAUGGAAGGGAUGCAAGGCCUGGUCAAUUUACAAGAGCUUUACUUGAGUCACAAUGGCAUCGAGGUGAUAGAGGGCUUGGAGAACAAUAAAAAAUUAACAACGCUUGAUAUAGCAAACAAUCGGAUCAAGAAAAUUGAAAAUGUCAGUCACCUGACAGAACUUCAGGAGUUCUGGAUGAAUGAUAAUUUAAUUGACCACUGGAGUGACCUCGAUGAGCUGAAGAAUGCCAAAGAUCUACAGACGAUCUAUCUUGAGGGUAACCCACUGCAAAAGGACCCACAUUAUCGACGCAAAGUAAUCUUGUCCCUUCCCUCUGUGCGACAGAUCGAUGCAACCUUUAUCCGAUUCUGAAACUGGGAGCACCUUCUCAUUCCUGACUCAUUUCAGGAAAGCUCCACAUGUUAUAUUUGACUGAUACUCUAAAGGUAUUUGAUAAAAAGAUACUAAGUUAUAACUAAACAAUCAAAUGCAUGAUUUUGUUAUUGACUCCUUUCUGAUAAACAUGCUCCUGUUUUAAUUGAUUCAUCUCGUAUGCUGCAGUCUUGCACAGUGUCUCACUUGAUCCGUAACACCAUCCUUUGCUUGUGAGGACAAAAUGUGUCUGUGUUUGACCUAUUCUUUUUGUAAGGAAUGAACAUUAAAAGUAUUGAAAUGCAUGGACUUUACUAAUUGUCUGCAAUUCCAUAAAAAUUGGAGUGGAAAUCCACCCCUCACUUUUACCAAUCUGACCUUACUGGUUUGUUUUAAUGCAUUGUGUAAUUGUUUCAAAUGGGACUUUAUUUGAAUGCUUUGGAAAAUAGACAGAGAUGCACACUGUAGUAGAUUGCCAGUGAUGUGCUACCAAGCUGCAAAAGCUACUGGGACUACAUGAGUCGUUUGAGAGGAUCAAUGGACAACAAAUCCAGUCGGAGCCCCACAAAGUCCUGCCACAUACGUUUGUGAAGACUGAUAGAUAAACAGCUAAGCUGAGAAGGUCCCAUGAACAUUUCCAUUCUCAAUCGUGAAUCUAAGUACAAAAGACUAAUCUGAAACGUUGGCUAUCAUCUCCAAGUGAAUGAUCGGUCAUGUUCUCCUGAGGGAUAUGCUGUCUGAGAAAUUGUUUUUUGGCAAAUUUAAUUUGCUGAACAUGAUGUUAAGAAAUGGCUAAGCACUCUAAUUAUCACAAAGGCUAUUGGCCUUGACGACAUCCUGAUCAUAGUGCUGAAGAUUUGUGCAUCAAAGCUAGCUGUCCUGUAACAAAGCUUUUCAGAAUAUCAGGAACAUUGGCAUCUAAUUCAAAAAGCGUAAAACUACCCAGAUAUAUCCUGCUCACAAAACACAGGAUAAAUUCAAUUAACUCGAGCCAAUUAUUGCCCAAGUCUACUCUCAGACAAAAGGGAAGGUAGAAGAUUUUCAACAGUAUUAUGUGGCACUUGCCAAUUGUCAAGUGGGCUCUCUCAGCAGCAUUUGGUUCCAGAUUUCAUUAACCCAAGUAUGGUCAAGACAACUGUGUUCCAGAGGUGUGCAAGAGUGGUCGCCCUUGGAGUGAAGGCAACAUUUUUGAUUGUGUCACCUUAAGGUGCUUUUGUUAUAUCAGUGUCAUUGAGAACAAUGCCUGGUGUAUUUAAAAGAAAAGAAGAUAGUUGUAACACACCCAGAAUGCUGGAGAAACUCAUCAGGCCAGGCAGCAUCUAUGCAAUCUAUGGGGAAAAAAAAGUACAGUGGACUUUUUGGGCUGAGAGGGUCUGUACUCUUUUCCAUAGAUGGUGUCUGGCCUGAUGAGUUCCUCCAGCAUUUUGUGUGAGUUGCUUGGAUUUCCAGCAUCUGCAGAUUUUCUUUUGUUUGUGGGAAGAUGGUUGUAGUUUUUGGAGUCAAUUGUAUUAGGCCCUGAGCAGUAUCUUAAGUUGAACCAUCUUCAGAUGUUCCAGGAAUAACCUAUCAUCCAUCAUAGGGCCAAACUAGAUGUUCACUGAUUACACAGCGUUUGGUUCAAUUCCUCUGUUAAGGAGAAAUGUAUUCUUUUGCAAUGAGUCUUCGACAAUACUCUUGCAAUGUUACCAUAUGCACACUGUUAAAAACAUGACCAGGGGCUUUUUUUGUUUUUUGGAAACAUUUCUAAACUUGUAUAAAUGAAUAGUGUGCAAUAUCAAGCUUAAUAUUGAGUAUUUUUCUUCUUGUCACAUUAGACAUUUAAAGCAAAUUAUUAAGUGGAUGUGAUGAGUGACUGCUGCAUUUUUACACAUAGGAAAAUGAAUACAUUACCAGCAUGGCCCCUUUAAUCACUUGACCUUGUCCUCUUGACAUGUAAGCAUUUUAAUGAUAUAUAAAUUUAUUUUAUUAAACAUCAUAAAUGAUCAUUACCGUAAAAAUGAAAAAGGGCUGAACCAGAAAGAUAAAUCAUAUUUUCCCAUCAUCCAGAGGUCCAAAAGCAAGGAGUAAUUACUGGAAUUUAGAGAGUGUUCCAUCAGGUUGGAGACUACCAAAACAGAAUAUGGGUUGUUGUGUCUCCCAGCUGUGUCUGGCUUCAUCAUGGCAGUGGAGGAGGUCGUGCAUAGAUGUACUAUCAGUGUAGGAACUGGACAUUGAAUUAAAUGCCGCUUUUU